AUGUGUUUCGAAGACGCAUUCGGGGAUUUGCCACAGUUCUCCGUAUUAUGGUCCGAUGCUAUGGUAGCACUGAGCCAAUAUGAUCAUGACGUGAGCAGUGUCAUUGAGCUUGCCGGAGAGGUGCACAUGAUCCGAGCAAGCGGGCCAUCUGAGCUCGAGAAGCAACGUACAAGGCUGCAAAACCUCGCACAUAAGCAAAUGGAAAUAUGUGCCGGGCAGAUGAGAUACUACUGCAAGGAAAAGACGUGGGCGAGUGGGCCGAUAGCCUGCGCGCUGGUUUUAAUGGCGGUACAUGUAUCUUUGCAAACCCAGCGCAAAAUCGAUCAUGGCCUUCUACUUUUAUUUGCUACUGCCCUUUUUGCGAGCAUUGCUGACCACCCCCAGUCCGUCUUAGACAAGUAUUUCGAUCCAGUCGCAUCACUGAUGCCAAUCGUCUCCGGCUUCGUUGACGAGACAUUUAAACGUGGUUCGGACUUGUCUCCCUUUGAUGAAGACCUGUCCGCUGAUCAAUUGGACAGAAUGUUUGACUGGCUCGCCGAAACUAUAAAUCACCCCUCUACCCAACUCAACGCGGAGCAGAAGGUCAAAGGAUUAGGAAUCAUGUGCGAAGCAUCAUCACUACAGAUGAGAUUGCUCCAAUGUUUCCUGCAGCUCAGCAAAACCUCAGAGUCGAACUAUCAACUGCUCGCUUCAUACAGCUACUGGGUCCUCAUUAGCAUCUCCCAGCUGCUCAGACACGACAGCUGGAAGUCCCUCCAGUGUGACCUCCCAAUCAUGGCACCGGACCAACUGCACGAAUACGCGCUGGAAAAUGUGGGUUGUAUCACUACCAUCAUUAAUCGGACUGGGUUGCUCAAUGGCGUUAUCGUGCCGCUGUUGUUCUCAAUGGGGUUGGAGAUGGUGUCGUACGAGGACCGUAGGAGGGUACUGGAUAUUCUGGAAGAACAACAGGCUCAAAACUUUCCUCUUUCUGGAGUUUUCCGGAGAGCACUCUUGGAUGCAUAUGCAGGCCUGGCCGUCAGAAGAUAUACGACAGUCUUUAUCAGACUAGAUACGAUAGAUUGA